GGGCGGCGCGGCUCGGCGGUGGAUUGGCGGGGGCUGCGCGGCGGGCGCAAGAUGGCGGCGGCGCUGGGCCGGGGGCUGGACAUCAGCCUGGCGGCGCUGCGGCAGCACGACCCCUACAUCAGCGGCAUCGUGGACGUGGCCAGCCAGGUGGCGCUCUACACCUUCGGCCACCGCGCCAGCCAGUGGGAGAAGACGGAUGUGGAGGGCACGCUGUUUGUUUACACAAGAUCAGCUUCUCCAAGGCAUGGUUUCACAAUUAUGAACAGACUAAGCAUGGAAAAUCGAACAGAACCUAUUACUAAAGACCUCGACUUCCAGCUCCAGGACCCUUUUUUGCUCUACAGAAAUGCCAGAUUGUCCAUAUAUGGGAUUUGGUUUUAUGAUAAGGAAGAAUGCCAAAGAAUUGCAGAGCUCAUGAAAAACCUAACUCAGCAGGAGCAAUUCAAAGCACAGCAGGGCACAGGAACAGGGGUGUCCCCCAUGAUCAUGAAUUCUGCUAAUAACAAAGAAGUGGAUAUCUUACGGAUGCUUACCAAGGCCAAAGAUGAGUACACCAAGUGUAAGACCUGCUCAGAGCCAAAACAAAUAACCAGCUCCUCUGCAAUCUACAGCAACCCCAACCUGAUCAAGCCCAUUCCAGUGAAGCUGAGUGAGAGCCAGCACCAGCGGCUCCCCCAGCAGAGCAAGGGUGUGGAUGCCGAAGCCCAGCACCUGUCGCUGACGGCGCUGUUUGGCCGGCAGGACCAGGCGGACGCGGCGGAGGCGCUGCCCGGGCAGCAGCGGGAGCGCGGCCCUGCGCGGCCGGGCGCGGUGCGCUCGCUGUCCUACGAGGAGCCCGCCCGGCUGUCCCCGAGCGCGGACAGGCAGCUGUGCCCCGCCAUCCAGAAGCUGAUGGUGCGGGGCACCGAGCUGCAGCCCCUGGCAGAGUUCCCCGAGAGGAGCCCUCUCUGUGAGAACGGCACCGGGGGAGAGAGCUUGGCUGGGCUCUUCCAGCCCGUGCCCCCGCACGGGGCGCAGGACGCUGCGGGCACUCAGAGCCUGCUGCAGAAACUGCAGAGCCACUCAGGGUCGGGGACACAGCUGGAGCCCAGUGCCACAGGAGCUGCCAGCUCCACGGCUGCCGUGUUCAGCAGGACUGCUGCUCCUGGGGGAGCACCAGCAGCGCCAGUGAGCAGCAUCAGCCAGCCCCCUCUGGUGUACUUCAAUGGCUCCCUACCAGGCCAGACUUUGGAGCCUCAGACACUUGGGAAAGAACAGUCCAAACUUCCCAGACAACCACUUCCUCUCUCUGGCAAUCAAGCAGCCAGUUCCGGGGUGAUUUCACCUCAAGAACUGUUGAAAAAGCUCCAGAUCGUGCAGCAAGAGCAGCAGCUCCACGUAUCCAGCAGACCCACGCUGGCAGCAAAGUUCCCCGUGGUCACCCAGAACACCAACACCCUGAAACCACUGGAUCCCUGGACAGAAAAGGCUCCAGGCACGGAAAAACAGAGCGCUCUCUUCCAGGUGAUGUCCCCGCAGCGCGUCCCUGCCACCGUGAGCCCCACGCUGCUGAUGUCCCCCAUGGUGUUCACCCAGCCCACGCCCGCCGCGCCCAAAGGCGCCGAGAGCGGGCGCCUGGCAGUGCCGCCCGCCGAGCCCGGCGCCAGCCCCGCCAGCCUGCUGCUGCCCCUGCCAGCCCCCGAGGCUGCCCUGGCCAGCAGCUCCUCCAUCAGCAAGCUGCAGCUGCAGGAAACGCUCCUGCACCUCAUCCAGAAUGAUGACAACUUCCUAAACAUUAUUUAUGAAGCAUAUCUCUUCAGCGUGAGGAAGGCGGCGAUGAAAAAGUCCAUGUGAAAGAUCCUCUUGUACAUCAAUUUCCGUGGCUUCCUGAACUCCAGGAAGGAGAGUUUGACAUUUUCAAAUGUGAUUACGUUUGAAGAAAUGAACGGUCUUAGGCAUUUUGCAUACACUUAGAUUUUCCUUGUUGGCAAAUACGUGCUGUAUGAGAAAACAAGUGAGCAGAAACGGAUUGUGCCUUUAGCGAGGGGAGGUCACGGCGCUGAAGAAUUGAUCCCAGAACAUUUUAAGUUAUUUUCCUUGCCCUGGUCCGUACCUAGAGGUGGCUUCCCGGCAUAAGGACUCAGUUCUCAGGAUCCCGUUUCCUUUUUCACUCAUUGCCGGGGUGUUUGUCCCUGGAGUUCCCGAGCCGUCCCUGCCACACGGUGGCAAUGUUGGAUUAUUUUUGGAACAUGGAAAUGCUCUGAAAUCUGGGGACGCAGCUUUCGGGAAGGCUGAGCACCGUGCUUAGCUGUCUGCAAGGCGAUUUAGAAGUGUCAUGACUUCCCUCAAGAUUUUUGUAGGAAAUUUUUUUUCUAUUUUGGCAGGACUAUUUUUAGCUAGAUGUAGCAAUGGGAUUCUGCAGGUGUUGGAGGAGUUGGAGGGGUGGGGUUUGUGAAUGUACCUGCUGUCACAGAGCUCUGGGCUGACACUGGACUCAUGUUUCUAUUAUGCCAGGUCCAAUCUGCAUAAUUAUAACCAAUGUGAAAAUUUGUUAAGGGAAAUGCUCUCUGUUGUAUUUUUUUUAAGCGUGUUCCUGGAGCACAGUGAUUUCAUUGAUGCAUUUGUAAAGAAAAUAAAAAAUGGAUAAUCCCUA